GAACGCCCUCUAGCGUCAUUGACGUGCUGCACCGGAAAGAUCUGCAAGACUGCUCCGAAGGUGGCAAGCGCCGGCUCUCCAAUAGAGGACGAAAUUGAAAUUCUGUGGGUGGCGCCUUCCGUGAUUGACCUGAGCACCUCCAGUUCCCCCUGCAAGUGGAGCCCUGCUGCGCAAUGCGAGACGGCCAGAAGGAAGGUGAAAAUUGAGCCGGACUUGCACAAGGCCACUUUGCAGGUGAAGGUGGCCAAGCCGCGAAAGAAAGCCGUGCACACCACAUCCCAACGCUCCACACUGUCGAGGCAACCCUUUGGCCUCGGGCGGCAGCUUCGGCUCCACGGCUUUGUGCAGGCUCGAGCCUGUGCUGGCAAGCUGCGAGAGCGGAUCAGAUCGCUAUUUUGCCAAGGCUGGCCACGCGCCUCAGAGGCGGCGACCCGGGAGUCUAUCGCAGAGUUGCUGGGUACCAGCGGCAAGCCCAAGGCAAACACAUAUCUAGCCUGGGCUUUGCGGCGCGAUGCUUUGAGCCGGCAGCCUGUGGCUGCUGCCAUUCUCAGCGUCUACAGGUACCGGGGCAGGCGGCGGUGCGGGUGCUUGGAGUUCGUCGUCUCCAGAACCAGGGGUGCUGGCCGAAGACUGCUGCAGUUGGCCUCGCGCUUCUUGCGGGCCCUGUUCUGA